AUGGGUGUUCAUGCUCUUUGGGAUAUUGUAGGUCCUACGGCCAAACCCGUACGACUUGAGUCUCUGACGAACAAACGGCUAGCAGUUGAUGCUUCUAUCUGGAUAUACCAAUUUCUCAAAGCUGUGAGAGAUAAAGAAGGUAAUGCCAUGCGUUAUUCGCAUGUUGUUGGGUUUUUCAGACGAAUCUGUAAACUGCUUUACUUCGGAAUUAAACCUGUCUUUGUCUUUGAUGGAGGAGCACCGGCUCUAAAGAGACGCACCAUUCAGCAGCGUAAAGAGAGACGUCAAGGCCGUAGAGAAAACGCUGCCACAACAGCCCGAAAGCUUUUGGCUCGACAGAUGCAGAGUGAUGAGAAACCGGGGACGCUAUCGACAACGCCUCAACCUCACGUUCACAAACUCAACGACGAGUAUGAUCUGCCUAGGAUACCUGGGUUCAAAUAUGAUUCUAACGAUACCAGGAUCAACGCAGAUGAUUUCAAAACCAUUAUGGAAAAUAUUGAUGAGCUGGACGGCAUAGACCUUGACUCAAUCAACCCUGCCUCUAAAGAAUUCGACGAACUGCCGAAAUCGACGCAGUACAUGAUUUUGUCAGCCCUUAGACUCAAAUCUAGACUGAGAUUAGGCUACUCGAAGGAGCAGCUGGAGAAUCUUUUUCCGGACAGUAUGGAUUUUUCGAAAUUUCAGAUAGAUAUGGUGAAAAGACGGAACUUUUUCACUCAAAAACUGAUGACUGCUACGAACACAAACGAUGGCGGUGCAUCAAAGCCUGAUUACGGACCCAACACGCGAGUAGCAGGACAGCAUGGUAAAGAAUACCAGCUGAUACGCACUGAAAAUGGGUGGGCGCUCAGUUUGACUGGUAAUGAUGGUUCCGAGAUCAAUAAAGCGAUUACGCUAGAUGACAAGCCUCAAUCAUCCGGUAUUCAUAACAGCCGUAAUGAAGAUGAAGAUGAUGACGAGGAUGACGGCGGUGUGGACUGGGAAGAUAUAGAGUUUGACCAAAGUGGGAAAAAGGAGGAACUUGAUUAUUCGGUAAAAGCUUCUUUACUUCCCACAAUGGCUACAACUAUGCAGCCCGGAGGAGGACAGUCAUUCUUGGAUAAAAGGCAUGCUGAAACAGACUCAACCAAGAAUUCAAAGAAUUUGAUACACGUUCCAGAUGAAGUAUUUGGGUAUGACGAUGGGAAGAGUGGCACUUUUGGUACCAAGGCCGAUAUCAUACAACUUGAUAAUGAUAGUGGUGCCAGCGAUGAUGAACUUGCGGAUUUAGAAAAAGAUUUGCAGGACAUGGACAAUCUGAAGAGGCUGAGCAAGGGUGCUGGAAGCCAGAUCCCAGGCUCGGACCCAUCUACUGAAAAUGUUGAAAACUCAAGCAAUACACAACCGAGCAUGACAAGAGAUGCGGAAAAUGAAGCAAAGCAACCAGAUACGGAGGAUAAACCCAUUGAAUACAAAACGAAUACCGUUCAUGAGGAGAUUCCAGAACCUGUGCUGUACAAGCCGACUGAAACAAGUCUGCAAACUCGGUCUAAUUCCAAGGGGGACAAAUCUCUUGACGUUGCGGAGGAUCUAUCAUCAGAGAGUGAUGCUGUCCAAGAACCUCCCAAAUUGCCAACACCUGAGUGGUUUAAGGCAUCAGGCCCGACAGACUUCAAUCCCCAUUUGGGUAGUUCCUUUUUGACGAGUGAUUCAAAAGACCAAACUGCACUUGGCGAGGAAACAGGCUUUCUUUUCACAGGACCACGAGCUGCUGAAGUUGUAUCUGCGACAAUAACGGAAACUGAGGAGCAAGACAACGACGACCUCGAGGAGAUUUCACCACCUGAUAAGGAACCCAUAGUUUCGCCUGAACCUGAGCCCAGCAGUGAACAUGCCGAAAACGCAAAAGAACCCAAGGAAGUUGCUCCUGUUGUCGAUUACGAUUUUUCUGAAGGAGAAGAGGACGCACUUGUCCAUCAGCUGAGGGAAGAAGAACAAGACUACAACACAUUCAAAAGCUCUCUGAACCCGACAAGCGUCGGCGCUACUUUUAUUGAUGACGAGUUGGAGGGGCAACAAAUGAGAGAUAAGAGGGACUCUGAUGAGGUGACAGCUGCUAUGGUAGCAGAAGUGCAAGAGCUGCUCACGCGAUUUGGAAUUCCCUAUUUGACAGCGCCAAUGGAAGCCGAAGCUCAGUGUGCUGAAUUACUAAUGCUGAAACUUGUGGAUGGCAUCAUCACGGAUGACAGUGAUAUAUUUCUAUUUGGGGGCGAUAAAGUCUACAAAAACAUGUUCCAGGAGAAGAAUUAUGUGGAAUAUUAUUACGGUGACAUGAUUCUCAAAGAGCUGGGCUUGGACAGAGAAAAAUUUAUCGAGCUGGCUCAGCUUCUUGGAAGUGAUUAUACCACGGGUGUCAAGACCAUUGGGCCUGUUUCUGCUAUGGAAGUGUUGGCAGAGUUUGGAAAUUUGGCAAAAUUCCGAGAUUGGUAUAAUGAAGCUCGAUUUGACAAGCAGCUUCAGGAAAAGGAAUCUGCUUUUGAAAGAAAACUGCGCAAAAAGCUAGCGACGAAUGAAGUGGUGCUCGGGUCUGAGUUCCCGAGUGACUUGGUACGGGAGGCUUACCUGCGUCCUGAAGUCGAUCAUGAUACGACAAAGUUCAGCUGGGGGGUACCCGAUUUGGACAGGCUUCGUGAGUUUUUCAAGUCUACUGUUGGAUGGCCUAAGGAGAAGACUGAUGAAGUGAUGGUUCCGCUGAUUAGAGAGGUGAACAAUCGAAAGAAAACAGGUAUGGAAAGGACUCUGACAUCUUUCUUUCCGACCGAAUACAUCAAGGCUGGUAAAGACCUCAAGAUGGGCAAAAGGAUUAAAGAGGCAAGUGGGAAAAUUAAAAUGAAGAAGCAGCGGACCAAGUAA